AUGUUGUCUCGGAUGGUGAAGGAGCACCAGGAGAGGCAGUCUACUCUGAGAGAGGAGCAGGAGCGGAAGAGGAAGGCCGCACUGGCCGCCGUACAAAAGUGUACGCACGCCAUGGUAGACUCGCUCAACAGCGGCGUGGAAAAGGCCUACGAGAACCAGCGGAAGCUGGACAGAGAGGCCAAGGCGCUGCAGGCUAACUCUGCCCGCUACGUGAAGCAGACGGGGCAGUGGCUGGCUCUGGUGGAGGGCUUCAACAAGAGCUUGAAGGGCCUGGGGGACUUGGAACAAUGGGCCAAGACCAUAGAGACCGACAUGAGGAUGGUGGUUGACACGCUGGACUUCGCCUACAAGGGAUCAGGAGAGGUCCACGUCUUUCAAGAACACUCAGACACUCCCCCAACCUCUGAACACCAUCACUAA